CGGUCCGCAAGUUUAUCAAAAGAAAUGGCCGAAUUGUUAUUAACGUUGAUCUUUUUAUAAAACAUAAUAUUUGGAAUUCUUGCAUUAAGAUAUAAUCAAAUGUUUAUUUGUCCCUGGAGGAAAUUUAAAAAAGAAUUCUGCUUUGUUUCGCGUUAAAGUCUCCCUUGUAUAAUAUUUGAUAGCCAGUUGCUAACUAGCUUCUGCUAACCGUUCUGAAUCAAAACAUGGCAAGUGCGGCAAAUGUAAAUAAUCUGAAUGCAGUCCGAGAGACAAUGGACGUGCUGCUGGAGAUUUCCAGGUUGUUAAAUACUGGUCUGGACAUGGAGUCUUUGUCAAUAUGUGUGAGACUGUGCGAGCAAGGUAUCAAUCCAGAGGCCCUUUCUGCUGUCAUCAAGGAGCUACGAAAAGCUUCUGAGUCCCUCAAGGCGUCUGAAAACACCACAAACUGAUGAUGUCACAUCCUGUUUCGGUAGCUGUCCUAACUUUGGCUUCCACAUCUUACAAUCAGAAUCAUCUUAGUUGGCAAACUUUCCUCUGUGUCACUUCAGUGACCAUUAUGCACUUUUUGUGCUUUGAGUUGUCACUAAGGUUUUUUCUGAGGUGGUAAAAUCCCAAGGCUUCUUCUCACACAUAAGUCAUCUCCACAUAUGAUGAUACAUAUACAUACUGUUUGCCACCAUCAUGUUUUGAUUGGUUUAGUUUCUAAAUGUAUUACAGUUUUCACGUGAUCAUGUAUUUAAUGUGUUUUUUUAGUAAGUGGUUAUUAAAAUUAUUUUGUGUAUUCAGAUUCAACAUGCCUUAUAAAAUACUUUUGCAAAUUCAGGUAUUUAACCAUCGCUGAUGGAGUAAAGUUUAAAAUAAACGUUACAAUCUAUGGCCACUA